AUGGAGAGGCCAGCCAAGAAGCAUCGUGGCGAGGAAGGUAGCAAUGGUGACGGAAAUGGGCAGGUGCAUGCGGUCGAGCAGGUGCAGAUGGAGGGGCUGACCUACGUGGAGAAUUUCAUCACCAAUGAGGAGGAGAGGGAACUACUGGAGCACAUCGAUCGAGGGCAGUGGCUGUUCGAUCUCAAGCGCCGAGUGCAGCACUAUGGCUACAAGUAUGAUUACAAAAAUCGCAGUAUCAAUCGAAGCAUGCAACUGGGCGCAUUGCCCGACUUUCUAAACGAGCUCAUCGAUCGACUCAUGGCCCGACACGUCCUCUCCAAACGACCAGACCAGGUUAUCAUCAACGAGUACCUCCCUGGACAAGGCAUCAGCGCACACGUCGACAAGCCCAGCCUCUUUGACAACGAGAUCGCUUCCAUCAGCCUCGGCUCGACGUGCGUGAUGGAGUUCAAGCACAAGGCAACCAAAACCACGCAUCCCGUGCUUCUUGGCCGACGCUCACUCGUCUUGAUGAAGGGCGCGGCGCGAUAUGAGUGGACACACUGCAUUCCAGCCAGGAAGAAGGACAAGGUGGACGGCCGACAGAUUCCACGACAGCGAAGGGUGUCGCUCACCUUCCGCAAGGUCGUCCUGGGCGACGAUUGA